AUGGAUCUCUGUUACGACACUUUGAACGGAUCCUGUGGGAGGUACGGCCGGCACUCUGACGUCUACGUUCCGAUGUUUAUCACCAUGAUGUUGACCACUUUCAUAACUGUUGUUGGGAAUCUACUGGUCAUUAUCUCCAUCGGACAUUUCAAGCAACUCCACACGCCAACGAACCAGCUCAUUCUCUCUCUCGCAGUUUGUGACUUUCUUCUCGGACUGUGUAUCAUGCCGUUGAGUGCCGUCCGUUCCAUGCAGGGCUGUUGGUACUUCGGUGACAUCGUCUGUAAGAUACACACAUGCUGUGACAUCACGCUCAGCACGGCCUCCAUUUUCCACCUCGUGUGCGUGUCGACCGAGCGUUACUUCUCCGUGUGCCGGCCGUUGACGUACCGCACCUUCAUCAGAUUUUCGACGGUGCUUUUCAUGAUAGCCUUCAGCUGGCUGGUCCCUGCCAUAUUUGCUGCCACGAUGAUCUUUGGCGAACUCAAUAUCAAGGGCAGCAGGGGCUUCUAUGAUGCACACGUGAAAUGCGUGGGAGGGUGUCCCGUUUUCUUCGGACGUGGUUCGGCGGUGGUCUCCUCCAUGGUUUCAUUCUACGUUCCCGCUCUGAUCAUAACUGGAAUAUAUUCAAGUAUCUACGCGGUUGCUUUGAACCAAGCCAGAUCCAUUAGUCGUCUGUUUAAUCAGUUGAGGAGAGAUUAUCCGUUGGGAGAUGUACAACACAAAACGCAUAAGGCUACGAUAACCAUCGCUAUCGUGGUUGGGGUUUUCCUUAUUUGCUGGACCCCGUUUUUUCUUUUUAACAUCAUGAAUCCUUUUAUCGGGUACAUCAUCCCUCCGAUGCUGAUUGAUGCUCUCGUUUGGUUUGGCUAUGCCAAUUCCACGUUAAAUCCAUUUAUUUAUGCAUUUCUGUAUUCUUGGUUCAGGAAGGCUGUGAGAAUCAUAGUAACUGGAAAGAUAUUCCAGCACAACAGUAGUAGAGAACAGCUGUAUACGUAA